UCUGUGGGCUCUCUGCUGGCUGGACGAACUGAAAACAGCUUCAAAACAACACAGAAUACAGUUUAAAACUACUGAAAAGUGACAGUGGAGAAGCUGAGAGAUCAUUUCCUCCUGUCAGUGUUGCUCUGAGGAGGGGGGAAAAAAACCCUCACCACACGAAGCUCGCGCACAGAUGAACGCGGUCAUGGUUACAUUCUUUUAGAUGCGUUAAAAUAUGAAACAAACUAAAGUUUCAGUCCAAACAUCCAGGCGGAAUUUCGGUCAAGACUAUUUAAUUUAAAGGGUUUUUUAAAAAAAAAAAAGAAAGAAAGAAAGAAAAGAGAAGGAAAAAAACAACUCAAAGGUGUUUGGGACUCCAUGGAGGCGUACCUGCUGAAGUUUAUCGAGCGCGUGCGAGCUGAGAGCAGCUUUGGAGAGAAUGGCAUUGCCUCUGAGUACACGAGGAUUAGGCAUGAGAGCGGCUUGCUGAAAGAGAACUACGGUUUGACUACAACAGCCGGAGGACUCAAAGAAAACGCGAAGAAAAACCGCUACAAGGACAUACUGCCUUAUGAUCAAACCCGCGUUAUUCUAAGACCAACGACACCCGAGUAUAGCUGUGAUUACAUUAAUGCAAGUUUCAUCAAGGGGGUGGCAGGGAGCAACACGUACAUCGCCACACAGGGCCCUCUGAGUAACACCGUGGUGGAUCUCUGGCGUAUGAUUUGGGAAUAUGACAUCAAGGUGAUCAUCAUGGCGUGUAAGGAGAUCGAGCUGGGGAAGAAAAAAUGUGAGGUCUACUGGUCUCCUCUAGAUGAUGCGUCCACAUUCGGUCCCUUCACCGUCUCGACUGUUGCAGAAUCACCCACAAACGAAGAAGUCAUUGUGAGAACACUGGCAGUGAAACACUGUGAUGAAACUCGCACCGUGUCCCAUUUCCAGUACACGGCCUGGCCGGAUCACGGAAUCCCGGACGUAGCGGACGGCAUUUUGAGAAUGAUGGAAUCGGUUCACGUCAGACAGGGUCGCCACCCGGGACCACUGCUUGUCCACUGCAGCGCUGGCUGCGGAAGAACCGGGGUGAUUUGUGCCAUCGACAUUGUUAACGGCCUGCUGCACAAGAAGCAAAUCGGAGAAGAUUUCAACAUUAUGGAUCUCGUUUUAGAGCUGAGAAGACAAAGACCAUCGGCUGUCCAGACUAAGGAACAGUAUGAGUUUGUGUUUCAUACUGUGGCUCAGAUGUUCGAGAAGGUCUUGCAGGAAUCUUCACAGAUUCACCAACCUGGGAGCCUGUCUCUCUACGCCAAUGCGGUGCCCCCAAAGUCAGCGCUGAGGUCAUUCUCCAUCAGCAGUGAAUAUAACCAGAAUACAAGAAAACCCCCUUCCCUCCGUCCUCGGUCCUCUCAUCCUCGUUCAUCCGUCAACAUGAACGACACGUAUGCCGUCGUCAACAAGUUCAAGCAGCCCAGCACCGCUCCGCCGCUCGUUCCCCACCACUACGACAACGAAAACUUAAACAGCCAGAAGACGUCUGCGAACGACCUGUACAGCAUCGUGAAGCCUAAAAACAGGCCGGUGGCAAACGCACCAGCUAGCACGGUUCCGGUACAUAACCGGACGUGGCAACUCAACCACAGACCCCCAGAAGACACGGACUACAGCGGCUAUGAAUCCCUGCCAGUGGAGUUCCAGAUGAGAGACUCAAAGGCGUACCCAUCUCUGCCACAAGUACCUUCAAACAGACACAGCCAUUCAGAUGACGACUAUGAGUACGUCUCAAACCCGAUCAGAGAGAACAGCCGCAGCCAAGGUAGCACCGGAGGCAUUGGUUUUAAAUGCAGAGUAAAGAAACCCAAAGGACCCAGAGACCCGCCUUCACAAUGGAAUCGACCAGAGAGAUGAAACUAUUACGAUGAUAAUGUUAUCUAAAGAUCGACAUAUUCAGCAUCUGUUUGAUCUGUGGAAUAAUUUUAUUUUGUUAUAGAGGUGAUGGUUCGUAGCUUGUGUGGGUGUGUGUGUUGUGGGUGUGUGGGUGCACGUAAUGUAAGCGUUUAUUACAAAUGUAAUGUACAUGUUUAAUUUAUUGCAAUAAAUGGGGUUUUUCUUGUG